UCGCAUGGCCUCUGUACCACAUCGGACGCGCGUCCUUGCUCUCUACCGCAACAUCAUGCGGAUGCACCGGCGUGUGCUUCCUGUCGAGCUGCGGAUGGUUGGCGAUGACUAUGUCCGCGACGAGUUCAAGCGGCACAAGGCCGUCUCUCCGACCGAGGUCCGGAUGUUCCUCAAGGAGUGGCAUGGCUACCUCAAGACGUUGCGGAAGCAGAAGCGGCGCGGUGAGGAGUUUGGAGCUGAGCUGGCUGCCGAGCAGCUGGACAAGCUCUCACCCGAACAGCGUGUCCAGCUUGAGCUGCUCAAGCGCGAGACGUUUAGUUAGGCAGCGAUGGCAAGGAUGUUGUGGAGGAAGAUAUGCCGCGCGAGCAUGUUGCCCAUGCCGAGCGCACAGGCGAUGACCAGGGCGUGGCGAUAGGCAAAGACAUGGAGCGGGCGGAUGUACGACGAGGCGGCGAGGAUGGCGUGGGCAAGGAGGGCGGCAAAGACCACGUCGACCACAAGCUGCGAGGUGCACGGCGCAACGAGCGGCUCAGCGACAACAACCGCGGCCCACGACGGGAGCGGCGCAGGGACGGCAAGCGGCCACGGCACGAGGCCGGCGAGGACGGCGUGCAUCGCAUCAAUGGCAGCCGCCUGCAGCCAAGCGAGCGGGAACCGCGCGAGAGUAAUCCACGCCAUAAAGGCCAGAGUCGGCACCAGCGAGAACGGCUUGCUGGCUGCAUGGAGAGGGCCAGCAAAGAGCG